AUGAUGGUUCCGGGUGCCCGGAAGAUUCUGUCUCAUCCAUUUGCGACAAUUGUGAAUGUGGACUACGAGCUGCCCAGAAGGCAGCUGUCCCCUGCGUUGUACGACAUGAUCAACAGAAUGCUCGAGUACGACCCAAAGAUUAGGAUUUCCAUGCAGGAGAUCAAGAACCACGUGUGGUUCAGAGAAGACAUCCCGAAAGGGAUGCUUGAAAUGAACCAGCACCCUCAAAGGGUGCAGCAUGGGCAGGAUUUUGAGACCAUAAGGGCGGUGCUGCUGGAAGGGCAUAAGGAACUUGAACUCGAUUAUGAUGAUGCAAUAGACAAGGACCUGAUGCUCAUAGAAGCAGAAAUGGAUUAG